AGAGAUUCAACUGUACAAACAAAGAACUUGUAGAAUGGGACUUAAUCAUUUAAGAAAUUUAGCAACUGUUAGACCUGUUAGACGUUUUUUUAAUCCUAAAAAUGACGUAGCCUUCAAAAAGAUUUUUGGUGUGAAACAAAACAAGCUAUUUUUAUUAAGUUUUUUAAAUUUGAUAUUAAGACGAGAGGGUGAUAAUAUGAUUGAAGAGGUUGAAUUAUUACCUCAGGAGCUAUCUCCUCAAUACGAAGAUUCUAAAAAAUCUAUUUUAGAUGUUUCUUGUCAGGACAAAAAAGGACGUAAAUACAUUGUUGAAAUGCAAAACAAAAGACUCAGCUCAUUCAUCCAAAGAUUAGAAUAUUAUGCCUCACGUAUUUAUUCCGACCAACUCUUUGAAGGUGCAGAUUAUUUAGAACUUAAGCCAGAAUCAAAUAUAUAUUUUUUACCAAAUCUUUCGUAUGUAUUUGUUGAACUUUCAAAAUUUAGUAAAUGCAGUGAACAACUCAAAACUCCUGAGAACUAUUGGAUACAUUUAUUAAAGGAAGCCUCUGAUGAAAAUGAAUCUCCAAAAGAAGCGCCUAAUGAGAUUCAAGAAGCUUAUGGAACCAUGAUGGCAAUUUUAGAUGAUGAAGAUGCAAUUAGAACUGCUAAAAACAAAGGUAGGGAGGAAGAGAAAGAGGUAGGUAGUGAGGAAACAAAAGAAGAAAUUACAUGUAAGCUUUUGAAAAAAGGUUAUUCUUCUCAAGAUAUUUCAGAUGUUACAGGUUUAUCAGCUUCAAAAAUUUGA